GAUUGUGUUCAGUCACCCAACCUGGACAUCGUGUUCGUCGUCGACGAAUCUGGCAGCAUUUGUGACACGGAUCCCGGGUUUGUGUAUGGACGGGAUUCAACCUGCACCAACUUCAGGAACCUCCUCACAUUUGUUAGUAACUUGGUCGACAGUUUUACAAUAGGACCGUCGAAUUACAGGGUUGGAAUGGUGACAUUCAGUAGUUCAGCCGAAGUCAGAUGGAGAUUAGACAGGUAUUACACCAAAGCUGAUCUCCAAGCGGCAAUCAACAGCAUUCCAUACACUGGAGGCAACACAUUCACGACGGGAGGUAUAAGGUUGAUGAGGACUCAAGUCUUCACGCAGUCAGGGGAUCGUCCAGAUGCUUCCAACCUCGCCAUCAUCAUCACUGACGGA